UGAAGAUGAAUAUUGCAGAGAGAUUAUAGAAAGAGGCUGAAAAGAAAAGAUUACAAUAAGAAGAAUAAUUGAAAAUAGGCAAUAAAGCUAUUAAAGAAAAAUAUGAAACAGAAUAUUAGGAAAACAAAAAUAAAUUGAGUUAGGAAAUCAAAUAAGACAUUAAAUUAAUCUCUCAAUAGUAUCCUAGUUUCUAAGUAAAUUCAAUUUACAAUUAAAAAGAAAUUUGCUUUGUACAAAAUUUAUAAGCAGUUCGAUUUCAAUAGAGAGAUUGCGAAUGAAUACAUUAGCAUUUAAAUCUAAAAUCAAAAUUAAUAAGACAAUGAUGAUGAUUGGAUUGAAAUUACUAGUAAAAGGAAAACCCUCUUUUAUAAGAUGUCUCAAUCAAAUAAAAAUAAUUAAAAACCUAAGAGAUCAUAAUCUGUGACUAAUAAAAAAGAGCCAGAAAAUGAUUCAUAAAGAUAGUCUUAUGUCAAUGAAAAUUAGAGAAAUUAAAGAAGAAAUAUCUCUGGAGAUAGAAAAAGAGAAGUUUCUCCAAGAAAAUUCAAUUAUCAAAAUCGAAAAUAUGAGAAAUUUGAUAAUGAUAGAAACAAUAUUAAAAAUGAAGGACGUAGAAAAUAGUUUUUAAAUUAAAAACCUAAUAUCCCUUUAUAAAACACAUAUUAACCUAAAUAUAUCUAUGUACCUAAAUAUGAAGAUGAUGAAUGUCCAUACGUGCCUAAAUCAAUAGUAACUUAAACUUAAAAUGUUUUUCAUCAAAAAUAAUAAGAAUAAAAUUUGAAUGGAAAUACUUAAGAAACUAUAAAUUAAUAAUCAAAUACAGAUCUAUUUAAACAAGUUAUGGUUUCAUAACAAUAGUAAAAUAAAUAGGAUUGUAUUGUUUAAGAUAAAAUAACAUAAGAUUAAUUGAAAAAAUAAGAAGAAUAAAUUAAAUAGGAUUAGAUUUAAAAAGAAAAAUAAAGAUUAGAAUAAAUAAAAUAAGAAUAAUUAAAAUAAGAAUAAUAAAGAUUAGAUUAAAUAAAAUAAGAAUAAAUAAGAUAAGAAUAAUAAAGAUAAAAUUAAUUAAAAUAAGAAUAAUAAAGAUUAGAAUAAAUUAGAUAAGAAUAAAUAAAACAAGAAGAACUAAGAUAAGAAUAAAUAAAAUAACAAAUAAAAAAUGAGCAAAUUAGAUAAGAAAAUAUUCGAUUAGAAGAAUUAAAAAAAGAAUAAAUUAAAUAAGAAUAAUUAAUAUUAGAAUAAUAGAAAAAUUCCUUAAAUUAAACAUAAUAAUUUAAUUAUUAAAAUCAAUCUCUCUUAUAAGAUUAAUAAUAACCAUAACCUUUGAAUUAAUAAUUUAAAAGCUCAAUGUUUGCUCCAUAAUUCUAGAUGGUUCCUUAAUAAGAGAAUUCAAAUAAUAAUAACCAGCCUUCUGUCUAUGAGAUGCUGAUGAGUUACAUUAAUUAUGAAUGA